CAGGGCAGUGCUCGGCAAGCGAAACCCUCCUGCAGACGCCCCGGCGCCACUCGAGCGUCGAGCCCCGGGCGCGCGUGUCGUCCCCCCCCGCCCCGCAGCCGCCGAGCGACGAUGAGCCGAGGCGCGGGGGUCGCGGAGAGCAGUGAUGAUCACAGUGCCUCUUCAGAAGAAAAAGAUUGCCCCAGUCCCAACCUAGAAACUUCAAAGGACUCUAAAUCAGGUGAGGACAGCCGUUCUGAGAGCAGUUCUGAAAGUGAAUCUGAUAACGAGACACCAAAACCAGAAAAAACAAAUGGGGAGCUAAGAGCGUCUUCCACCGAGGAAGCGUCUAAUCAGGUUGAAGAAUGGGAGGGUAAAGAAUUGCCCACAGAUCAUUUUAAUUCAGAAUUUAAUGAAAUCCAAUCUCACUGUGAACACUGUAAUGCUGAAAAUAAACACAAUGAACUAGUGACCCCCAGGCUCCUUUCCCGGGGACAGUUUUUACUGAAGGUGGACACAGAGGGAACUUACCAGUGCAUGGAGACUGGUCUGAUAUUUGAGGUUAACAGAAAAGUUGACAUCAAGUAUUGCGUCCUGUCCUGGAGCAAAUAUGCGGACCUGGUUGUGAAGCCCUGGGUUGUCGGUGGACCCUUGUUUGAUGUUAAAUGUGACCCAACCUGUCUUACCUCCAUUCAUUUUCCACAUUCCCUCUGCUUGGGUCACUGCGAUGCCAACAUGAUGUUCAAAGUCUUACAUGUUAAAAGUACUGGGGCCUCGUUAGAAUAUACUGUGGACCGUUCUGCAACCCAUGUCAAAUGGCAUGUUAGCUCUCUUUCUCCUGUGGGACCUGUUAUUCAAAGCGAAGAAACAGUAUUCCACCACGGGGCCGUGAUCCUGUACAAAGCCAUCGACCAUAACCCAUCCUUGUCUUUUCGAGUGUACAUAGCAACCAAUAAUGAGUCCUUCAUCAAGGAUAUUUCCAAGUCUGUAAAGCACUCCUCUAAGAAAUUCAUGAAAAUCGACAAGCCUCCCGUUUGCCAGAAGUUGUUGCAGAAUGGGAAGAAGUACAGGCUGAUCAGUGAGCCAGAAGCUGAAAUCACCCCCGAGGAAAUUGAAUUUGUGGAUGGUUCACUUUUAAAAUUGAAAAGUUAUAGUGAAGUGUAUUUGGAGCAACCAGUGGAGUUUAAAUUACUUUUGGUUGAAAUGGAUUCCGAGGAAAUUGUAUGGAAAGCAAAACUGAGAGAGUGUGACUGGGUUCAGCAUGAUCAGAACCCGAACAUUUCGAAAAGCAGCACAAGUGGUAAUAGGCGGCGAAAAAUGAGUAGCAGCUUACCUGAUGAGGUGGUCUAUGAUAAAAGAAUGAAGCAGAUUGACACUUCAGAUGGAGUGAAGACUAAAACCUUGUUAACAGAUACUCAGUUGAUUAACCUUGCUGAGAAGUUGGGGAAGGAGUGGGUAAAGAUUGCCAUUGCCAACCUGAAGUUGAAGAUUAGCGAUAUUGAUGCUAUCCUGGAGAAGAAAGAAGACGUCACGAUCAAUAAAUUUAGGAUGCUGAAGAAGUGGCAAGAAAAGGAGCAGAGUAACGCCACAGCUCAGAAUUUAUGGAACUGCUUGAAAAACGUCAGUUCCGUUGAAGUCCAAGAUGUGCUGAAAGGUUUCUUACAGGAAACGUGAAGUUUGGAAGGUGAGCUGGAAAAUGAAACUUCAGGAACUUUUACCUGCAAAGACCCUCGCCGUGGUAAUUGGGUGUGGACUCUGGAACCUAGAGCUGCACAGCCUGUGGAAGCAGCUCCUUUCACAGGCUGCCCACAGCUCACAUUAUUCAGGGGCAAAGGGAAUGAAAUAUUUGGAAACCUUGAGGAAGAAAAAAAACCUCUGCAAUAUCAAGAUUUUUUUUUUUUUUUUUGGACCUCCCACUCACACCCUCCCACCCGCUUCCCCACCCAAACAAAUACACUUACAAAGGGUGCUUAAAAUGACCCAACGCAGUCAGGUGAGAAAUGCGAUAGUUUUCCUUUUGGAGUCUGUGAACUAUGAAAUAUAUAUCGAGUGUUUGAAACAUUUUUAGCAGUUAAGUGUUGGAGUACUUAAAUGGCACCAAUUUCGCUUAACUCUUUUCCUCAUGACAUUAAUAAUAAAGAGAGGUUCCUGUUCUUUUAGCUCCCACGCAGUCAGACACUUAUGUGCCUCCAGGUACAAUAUGUCUUUUUAUGUGGGGUAUGAUUUCCAUGUCUCACAUUACUAACCAGUCUGGCUAGUGGUCUGUUAAACCAUUAAACCAAUCAUGUUACCUGGUCCUAGGGUGAUUAGACAGGAAUGUAAUCCUCUCCCCAUCAGUGUUGGUGCAAAGCCUCAGAGGUGAUUGCCUCAUCUCACUGGGCGAGUUCAGCUGGGUCUGUCUUCAGAGUCCCUGCAGGUUUCAUCAACCUUCCGAAGUCACCAGGCCAAACACUACAUUUCUUGACUUUGGCCCCUGGGUCAUUUACUUUGGGGAGGGUUGGCAGGUGGGGAGCACAGGAAUGCCCCUCAGAAAUAGCCUUAGCCAGGACCAAGGGAAAACUGUCAUCUCUUCUCGAAGAGGACUUGCCCCAGGGAAUCAUGGGCCAUAUUGGCUCUUGUUAAUGGGUGAAAUCUUUUUUUUUUUUUGGUAUGUAUAGAUAGUGUCACUCUCCCAGGAUCAUGCAUGUGGUGAUUAACAUUUUGUAUAUGUUUCGUUAACUUAUUUGAAGAAACUAUAAAUUACCAUUAGUCUCCUGUAGACAUUAGCUGGAUAGUAAAAUUCAAUCUCAAUGAAUUAGAGAAACACACUUUAACUAUAGCUUUGCCUGUGAAGAACAAAUUGACUUUAUAGGGAAGAACGUAUUUCUAAUGGUCAGGGAUUCUGUGGAAUUCAA